CAUUGCCACAACACCUUUCUUUGUAAUCACAGAGCUCGUCCACUUAGCUUCUUUCGACCCAAAACACGCCCGCAACAGUGUGUAGCAAGAGGGAUCGAGCUUGCCAUGGAGAUUGCUGUGGGGGCUAUCGGCCCUCUCCUCCCCAAGCUCGGUGCGCUCCUCGUUGGCGAGUUCACCCUGGAGAAACGCGUGAGAAAAGGCAUUGAGUCUCUUGUGACAAAGCUCACGCUGAUGCAUGCCGCCCUCCAUAAGGUGGCAAAAGUGCCGCCACAACAGCUUGACGAGGGGGUCAAGAUUUGGGCAGGAAAACUGAAAGAUUUGUCCUACAAAAUGGAGGACAUAGUUGAUGCUUUCAUGGUGCGUGUGGAGGAUGGUGGUGAGCCUACCAACCCAAGGAAUAGAGUCAAGAAGGUACUCAAGAAGACAAUCAAAUUAUUCAAGAAUGGUAAGACUCUUCAUUGGAUCUCUGAUGCUCUAGAGGAAGCGGUUCAUCAAGCUAAGCAGUUGGCCGAGCUACGCCAAAGGUAUGACCAAGAGAUGAGGGACACUAGCGUUGGUCCUAGUGUUGACCCUCGCAUACUAGCCUUGUACACGGAUGCGGCAGAGCUCGUUGGUAUUGAAGAAUCACGAGAUGAGUUGAUCACCAAGUUGAUUGAAGGCGAUGAUUGGUUGAAGCACCCGUUGAAGACAAUCUCUAUUGUUGGAUUUGGUGGAUUAGGAAAGACAACUCUUGCCAAAGCAGUAUAUGACAAGAUCAAAGUGCAAUUUGAUUGUGGUGCUUUUGCCUCGAUUUCUCAGAAUCCUGACAUGAAGAAAGUUUUCAAGAAUAUUCUCUAUGAACUUGACAAGAACAAGUAUGCACAAAUUCGUAAUGAAGAAUGGGAAGAAAAGCAUCUGAUCGAUGAACUCAUCGAAUUCCUUAGUUGCAAGAGGUACAUCAUCGUAAUUGAUGAUAUAUGGGAUGAAAAAGUGUGGGAAUUCAUUAAUUGCGCUUUCUCCAAGAAGAGUUUGGGAAGCCGACUAAUCACGACCACCCGCAUCGUUACUGUCUCUGAAGCAUGCUGCUCAUCUAGAGAUGAUGUUUACAGAAUGAAACCUCUUUCUGACGAUGUGUCAAGAACACUCUUCUGUAAAAUAGUAUUUUCUCAAGACAAAGGGUGUCCUCAAGAAUUGGUGCAAGUAUCCAAAGAUAUUUUGAAGAAAUGUGGCGGCAUACCAUUAGCUAUUAUUACUAUAGCAAGUCUCCUUGCUAAUAAUCACCAGAUAAAGCCAAAGGAGCAAUGGUAUGCUUUGCUCAAUUCCAUUGGUCAUGGACUUACAGAAGAUCGCAGUUUGGAGCAGAUGAAAAAGAUAUUAUUAUAUAGUUAUUAUGAUCUACCUUCGUAUCUAAAACCUUGUUUGUUAUAUCUUAGCAUCUUCCCAGAAGAUUAUAAGAUUAUGAAAAUCAAGCUAAUAUGGAGAUGGAUUUCAGAAGGUUUUGUUUAUAGCGAAAAACAAGAAACUGACUUAUAUGAGCUCGGUAAGAAGUACUUCAAUGAGCUAGUAAAUAGAAGUAUGAUACAGCCAAUUGGUAUUGAUGAUGGAGAAGAUAAACAAGCGUGUCGUGUACAUGACAUGGUGCUUGAUAUCCUAUGCUCACUGUCAACUGAAGAAAACUUUGUAACAAUAUUGGAUGGCACCGGAAGAAAAAUGCCUAAUUUGGAAAGCAAGGUUCGCAGAUUAUCCAUCCAAAAUAGCCAGAUAGACGUCGAUAUCACUAGGAUGACACAGAUGAGAUCUCUUACUGUUUUCAUCAAUAAUGUUGUCGGAAAAGUGUCAGAUAUAUCAAGUUUUCAAGUUCUUCGUGUGUUGGAUUUGGAAGGUUGUGAUAUCUCAGAUAUUGGAUAUGUGAGGAAUCUUGUACAUUUGAGGUACUUAGGGCUAAGAUCUACUCAUGUUGAGGACCUUCCUACUGAAAUCAAGAAGCUACAAUUUUUGCUUACCUUGGACUUAAGAGGUACUAAGAUAAAAGUUUUGCCGUCAAGUGUUGUUCAGCUAAGACGUCUAAUGUGCCUGUAUGUUGAUUUGCAUAUGAAGCUGCCGUCUGGGAUAGAUAACCUAGCUUCCCUAGAAGUACUAGGGACAGUGUUGCUGUAUGACAUGGACCUCAAUGCUGUGAAAGAAUUGGGCCAUCUGACCAAGCUUCGGGUGCUCCAAUUUCACUGUGAUGAUGAUGAGAGCCUGGGAAAAGCUUUGAAGGAAUCUCUUAGUAAUCUGUACAAACUGGACAGUCUAGAUAUAUUUGUCCGUGGUGGAGACAUCAAUAUCCUGAGCGAAGACUGGGUCCCUCCUCUACAACUCCGUAGAUUGGCUUUCCCAAUGCCAUUCAGUUGGUUCAAGACACUGCCGUCAUGGAUCAAUCCUUCAUCGCUUUCUCUCCUCACCUAUCUGGAUAUAAAGGUGGCUGAAGUGCGAUCGGAGGUCAUACAACUUAUUGGGAUGCUUCCUGCUCUUUGUGUUCUUGAGAUAAUGGAUGUUUCUAAGUUCUAUGAAGAGCGAGUGGUGGAAAUGUCCGCCCUUUCCUCUGUUGCGUUAUUCCCGUGUGCGACAAAGUGUCACUUCUUUUGUAUUGGUGCAGUGCCGUCUAUGUUUCCACGAGGAGCUGCACUGAGGCUUAAGCACCUUGGCUUCACCUUCUCAGCUAAGUGGAUCGCCCGUGAAAACAUCGAUUUGUGCAUGCGCCACCUCCCUUCCUUGGAGCGAGUCGAGGUUAAAGUUAUUAAGGAGGAAGCUAGUGAUCGCGAGGUGUAUGAAGCAAAAGCAGCGCUGAGGGCCGCAGCGGAGGACCACCCCAACCGUCCCGUCCUUGACUUGCAUUGACAUGCAUAGGAAUAGUUUUAGGCAGCGGGAGUGCUAGGUCGAUUCACCAAAUCUUCCACUCAGCAGGCGGCAUGAGCUAACAAAUGUCGUCAACAUGUAGUACUUGAUUGCGCAUGCCUCCGUUUCUUCUCCAGCCAUGCUGUCAAGCACACUGCGUUUGCCAUGCCAUUUCUUCCGUCUUCGUUCUGCAACCGACUCUUCUAUCUUUAUACAGGGGAGCAAAUCAUAUGGUGAUGUUUUUUUUUUUUAUCUUGCAACGAAAUAAGUGACGCAUACAAAGACGAUGAUCUCAUAGACCGAUUAUCAUAGCAGUGUUUUGUUAUGUUGCCCCUCAGUUAAUCCAUGGUUACUCUUUUUUUUUGAGCGGUGCGUGAGAGUACACUUGUUAUGAUCAAAGCCACACGCAUUUAUUUUUCUCUCAGCUGUACUAGUGCUGUAGUCUGUAGAUGUCGAUGAUGCUAGCCAUUCGGUUUCGGCGGCCGCAGUUUCGACGGAAAUCUAACUGAAGCUGCAAGGCUGAAGCCACGCCAAAUUCAGUCAGACAAAUUCAGUCAGACACAUUCGGUUGUAAAUUAGUGGCCAGGUCCUGGCGUUGUUGUGAGGUGUAUUCCGAUUUGUCACCACACGUUCCAGAAAUCAUCUGGUCAGGUCCUCUGCUGUCUGUAGCAACUUCUGCGUGGAAAUGAUCCUCCAGUGAAAGCGAAAUCACGCACGAUGAGACCAGGAGAUCUAUCAGACCUCAACUUAGUUGUUCAUGUUUGUCUUAGCUGGAUGACACAUGGGGCCAUACCGGGCAGAGGACCCACAUGGCAGCAGCUCUGUGCCGGCACGUGAUCUGUCGGAUCCGUUAACAGGCCCUCUGCUCCCGGCGUCUAUUUCUACAGCGUUUGGAGAAGGGGGAGUCUGUCAGUCAGAGACAGAGGUCGAGCCGUGGAGUAGAUCUCGCGGCGCCGGACAGGUUCCUGCCGGCUCCGGCGACCUCCUCGUCGUUGAGUACGUGCAGCAGCCCGGGGAGGUGCCAAAGGCUGGAUCUCGCAGAACAAGGACAUGAGGUACUUGGGCAUGGAAUGGGAAUCACAAUUGUUCUGGUGGAAAUGAAGAAUGUCCUGUUAUUUGGCUGCUACCAUCGAUGUUCUUUUAGAUUGAACAUUGCCAUGAUCGUUUCUCUACGCAACGAAUAUAUUAGAUCAAGCAUCAUGUCAUGGACACCAUAAGACUUUUCUGCAUUGAUAGUGAUGUCUACGGGUUGGACUGUGCUUCUGUUUAUCAGCUCACUGAAGUAACUCUCCUAGCUCAAAUGGGUUAAUUUCGUGUUUACAUGAUACACAAAUCUUCAGCUAUCCAUCUUCAUAUGAAUUGGUCUCGCUUAA